UACUCGCAGCGGAUGGCUUCAUUCAUGAGUACAACAUCUACUACGCUGCACCGUGAAAAACCGGCCGGCGUCCGCCACGGGCUUUCCGUUAAAGGACCGUACAUGGAUCUAUAAUCUCGCGGGUUUGUUUUUUUUUUUUUUUUCUUCCUUCUUCUUCUUGAACAGCGGAUAAGUUAGAGAACGACCAGGAUUUUUUUUUUUUUUUACAAGCCAACCAUAUUAAAAGCAGACGGAGUUCAGCUGGAGCGAGUUUUCCCUCAUCGCGAGGAGUUGGAUUAAGUUUCUUCAUGCAACUUUUUUGGAAAGAAACCAAGACCAUCUCACUGGGAAACAACAAGAAACUUAACGGUGACACCGUGCGCUCCCUGAUUACUGCAGGUGCCGCCUUCUCCUUCAGUCCCUCCGGGGAGAUGUACCAAGGGUUUCCCGGCGACCCCGACAGCGGAUCCCGUGGAAGCUCGUCUCCGUCCAUAGAGUCCCAGUACCUAUCCUCCGUGGACUCCUUCGGGAGCCCGCCCACCACCAGUGCUCCGCAGGAGUGUGUUUCAGCGGGUGCUGGCUUGAGCAUUGUGGGCAGCGGGCCAGGAAGCAGUGUCGGAGGUGAGAUGCCAGGUUCAUUCGUGCCCACCGUCACCGCCAUAACUACCAGUCAGGACCUGCAGUGGAUGGUGCAGCCAACCCUCAUCUCCUCCCAGGCCUCCGGGCAGAGUAGCUCCACUGGCACCUCGACCAUGACCCAGCCAGUGUCUCUGGUGGACCCGUAUGACAUGCCGGGCCCCAGCUACUCCUCGGGGUCCUGUUUCACUCCUCCCAGUUCAGAAACCCCAGUGCCGGCGCUGGGUCCCAUCCGGCAGUCCAGACCCCGCAGCCGCCGUGCACGAGACGAGUCUGUGAGUGAAGAUGGAGAUGUUGGUGUGUUACUAACACCUGAGGAGGAGGAGAAGAGGCGCGUUCGCCGAGAGAGAAACAAGCUGGCUGCUGCCAAAUGCAGAAACCGCAGACGGGAACUGACAGACAGGCUGCAAUCGGAAACUGACGUACUUGAGGAGGAGAAGGCAGAGCUGGAGGCCGAGAUCUCCGAACUGCAGAAGGAGAAAGAGCGUCUGGAGUUUGUACUGGUGGCCCACCAGCCAAACUGCAAGAUCCCGUACCAGGAGCAGGCUCAGCAGGCCUCAGUGCAGUCCCAGCUCGCUCCUCAGAGCCUGCCACCUCCCGUCUCCAUUGUGGGCUUGACUGUGAAGGAGGACUCUUUCUAUCUCCCUCCUGCCUACUCUGCUCACCCGGCCCCCACACAGCCCCAGCCUCCGUUGCAGCAUCAGCAAGUCCAGCAGCAGCAGCAGCCUCAAGCAGGGAUGAUGCAGGAGGUAGAGUUUUCUAGUUCUUUCUACGGCUCAGCUGAGCCAGCACCUGGUGGGCCAUGCCUUAUGGCCAGUGACAGUGGUGGUGGUGGUGUUAACCAUGACGAUGCCGCCAUUGGCAGUUACAACACCUCAUACACAUCUUCAUUUGUGUUCACCUACCCAGAGGGAGCCUGCGGGGUCAGUGCCAACCAGCGGAACAGCAGUAGCGAGCAGUCAUCCGAUUCCCUGAACUCGCCUUCGCUGCUGGCACUCUGACUGACCGACAGACACAUGCAUGCACAGAUUACCACUCACACGCCCAAUGCUCACUGGACGCAGAGGCUGACACGAGUACACGCACAGUGCCAAUCAGUCUCCCAGAUUGAGGAAAAACAAAGUGCCAAUCAUUUGAACUUGAUUGGGUGACAGUUUACACGUCCGGAAAUAUAUUCCUAUCAAGAGCCAUAGAAAAAAAUGAAAUAAAUAAAUUGCACAUCAGAUCGAGCCUUUAACAUUUGAGAUACAGCAAAGAAUACAUUCUUGUUUUGUAUUUAGUCAAAUAGUUGUAACAGGGCACGAUUAAUGCCUUUCUAAAACAAAAAAGAAAAAAAAGUGCAUUAUGAAAACCUGCAGAGCCUCUUCAAAUCUCUUUAACUUUUCCACAUUUUGUCACAUUAAAUCGCAAACUUCAAAGCGUUUCAUUGGGCCUUUAUGUGACGGUCCAGCAGAGAGUAGCCGAUACUUGCUAAUUGAAAGGAAACGGAUUUCUCACAGAUAAAGUUCAAAGAAGGAACGUGCAUUUAUAAGACAAUCCUUUGGUGGUGUUGGUGUCAUUUGGUUUACGUCUCUGACAGCCUUGUGCAUCUGGAGACUGUAAUUGUUGUCCAUUGUUCUUUUCAAAAUAGCUCAAACUCAGACAUAUUGACUGGAGAGCAUCAGUGAACACCAAUUUUCAGCACCUGUCAUGGAUUUUGAACUGGACCUGGGUCCAAACUUUAACGAAUCCAUCGUAAAGCAGACGCAUCGGUUGAUCUAAACUCUUCCAUUAAAUCUUUGCUUGUACGUUUGAAGUUAUUGAGCUGCUGGAAGGCGAGCCUCCACCUCAGACUUAAGGUCUAUCUCCAGGGUUUAUCCUCCAAGGUUGUUCUGUGUUUAUCUCCGUCCAUCUGCCAGCCAACUCCGACCGCACACUUGCUUGUGCCCCUUUACACGGCUUGUUGAAAAUUGCGAAGGGUUCUUCUAUUGGCUCUCUUUCAACAAUUCAUCAAUCUUGCAAUUUUUCUAUAGGAGCCAUGACUUGUGGGACUGACCACCGGUUGAUGUUUAGUAAACGUCAACCCGAGCUGUGGAUCUCUAAAGCUCCCCCAGAGAUACCACGGGCCUCUUGGCUGCUUUUGGAUAUAAAGUGACAAAGUGUGGAAAAUUCAAGGCGUAUGAAAGCCUUUUGCAAGGGACUGCUUGUUACCAGUCUAAAGUGCUCUGAUUUAAAGAACUGAUUCACAAUGAAUUUUUCUUAUUAAAAUACUCUCAUUGAGUAAAAUAGAUGUUAUUGCUGCACCCCAACACGCACCAGUGCCCCCACCUUGUUCCCUCUGUCGGUUGCCCUUCUGCUAGUGCUCUUGCUUUCAUUCUUGUCCAUUAUCUUUUUUUUUUUUUUUUCCUCGUCCUCCCUGUUGUUGAAUGUAUUUGUGCAGAUCUGAAAUAAAGGACCAAGGACAAUUUGUUCGGGGUCUUUUCUUGUGGAAGACAGACACAGCUCGCUCACCCCCCGUAACCUUCCAUCUGCUCGGCUGCUCUAUAUGCUUCUUCAUUUGCUGCUUGGACUUGGCGAGUUGAGGAUCUGAGUAUCACAGCCUCCUCUAAAUCUUGUGCUUUUUGUUUAAAAAAAAAAAAAAAAAUCAAACUUCCACCGUCUGCCUACCUGCCAUGCGACCCAUCUCUACCCAUCUCUGUUUUUUUUUCUCCUCUUCUGUCUCUUUUAUUUCUCCCUCUCUCUUUGAAGUCCUCGACCACUGAGAGCCCGGAGAACCCCUCCAGCCCCUGGGACCUUGAGUGAAAAAGCCGGCGCAACUAACACUCCCCACUUUUGCACCCCAGUCAUUCAAGGAUCUGGACGUCCAAACAAGAAGAACCUCUCCUUUUUGGAGCUCACUGCUCAGAUUCCUUUUUACGAUCUGAAACAGCAGCUAUAUACGUACAUUUAACACGCACACGGAUGCAUAAAGCGCGACGUGAAAUGCCACUGUUUUCUGCUGAGCCAUUUUUCAUAUUGUUCGCACAAUGAAGAUUAGAUACAUCUGCUGUGCUGGAGAGUUAAAAGCGAAUAGGGACUGAGUGGAGGCACGGAGGACAGACGCCUGCAGAGAAUAUCCUAUCAUCCGUUUUGGGUGUAGUUAUGAUAAAAUAAUGGGUGGACAAAAGAAAAAAAAAGAAAGAGAGGGACCAAAAAACAAAAGGAAAGCACUUCUGUAAAGAUGUGACCUCAAAAAAAAAAAAAAAAGGCAUCUUCACUUUACAGAAACUCAGCGCCCGGGGUCGACGCGCUGAGUUUACUCUCACGGGCGCUUUCAAGUCUCUGAAAUCAGAAGUUUAGCUGCAGCAACUCAGAGAUUUAUCAGAUGUGAACCAAUGCAUUCAUACAGAGGAGGGACUUGUAUCCGUUUUAUUUUAUUUUUUUUAAAAAGUGUUUCAGACAACCUCUAAACGUUGGGCUCGGUGGUCUCUGCUUCCUGUCCCCUGUUCUCCCGGUGCAGAGCUGAGGAGGCGUUUAUUGUGAGUGGGUCGUCCACUCUGAGGCACCUGGCCCGUUUAUUUCUUUCUUUAUUGAGGUUGAAACGACGAUCCGAGCACAAGGCAAGACCCGGAAAAAAAACCAACAACAACAACAAGAAAACAAAUGGAGAGAGAGAACACGGGGCUGAUGUUGUGGAGUGAGCGUCCUUUUUUCUUUUGCCUGUGAAUUUGUACUUCUUUUUUUUUUUUCCUCUGUAUUGUUUGAGUGAAAACUGUUAUAUAUUUCAGUGUUUGUUUAUGUGACAUAUUGUUCUUGCUUUCUCUUGUACUGUUGCCAUUUUUUAAAAGUAAUUAUUUUUAAAUUUCCGUUUUGUUCAAUUUAUUUGGGAGAUUUCUUCAUAACUGUUGCUAUUACUGUUUUGCAUUGUAGCUAAUUGUUGUUUUGUUUUUUUUAGUUUAUUAUAUUUUCAUUUGGCAACUUUGGAGGCAUAAUAUGUGCACUACAAAAAAAAAAGAAUUUGAAUUAAACGUUUAUAUGCAUAUACAUUUAAACGGUAACAUGUAUAUGUAUACGUUAUGUACCAUGAUUGUAAUGUAUGAAUGUCUGCAUAUAUAAAUGGGAUAUUUUUGUCAAUGAAGAACAAGGUAAAAGUACAAAAAAAUAAUAUUUAAAAAAAAUACAUAUUUUUAUAAAGCAAGAAAAAAAAAUUGAAUUUAAAAUACUGCCCUGUCCCUGAACAUGAAGCACGAUGUCACUGCCUUUGUCAAUAUGUAUUUAUGUUUUAUAAACAAUAUAAAAGCACUAUCCAAUUUACAUUUAUUGUAUGUUUAUAACAAUGAUGUUAGAAGAUUGUGUUUUUUGUUUGUGAGGUCUGUCCCAAAGCUACUGACCCCUUCAUGCCUCCUGUGAGUGAAUGUCAACAGAUGUAUUUGUAACUUGGUUCAUUUUUAAAAGGUUAAAGUUUUACUCACACACAUACACACACACACACGAUGCAUAUCUGCCCUGGACUAUCGCCUUGCAAAUUUCCAGAAAUGUUUGUUUGAAGGAUAAUAUUUAGUAAAAUGUGUUCUCAAAAAAAAAAACGUAAAAAUUGUAUUGUUUGCAAAAAAAAAAAGAAGGCUUUAUUUUGAUCUAAUAAACUUGCUUAUUGAAAAACAUCAGCAUGAUUAAGGGUUUCUGCAAGGUCUUGAGAAGUCAUUAAAAAUUCUAAAUUUCAUAUGUACUGAUUUAGAAAAAUUCCCAAUUUGGUCUCCAAUUACUUUUGGUUAUGUCUUAAAUUUGUACAUUUAUUCAGUUGUUGCUUGUACCAUCUUCUUCUUAUUAUGUUAUUUCUUGAGAAAUGUGCUGGAGACAUGUGUUUCUUCUCUUAAUUGUUACUCUUGCUGAGAAACUGAGGUGCUAUCACAUUGUUGAAUGAAUUAGCCUAGUCAAAGGAAAUGUACCAUUCAGACAUUCAGCUGUUCCUGCGAACCUGCAAAGAAUUAUUGUUUUAAAAGUGGAUGACUGUAAGUUUAGCCAAAGAAAAUCCAAACGGUUUUUGUUAGGUGAGCCGCUAUCUGCUCCUUCUUCAUCAUGGGAAAAGGUCAAUUUAAGUUAACUUGAAAACAGGGACUUUAAUAAGGCUGAAAUAUAUUGUAAGCUACAGUCUUGAAGCUAGCAAUUAGCUAUACUGUAAUAAGAUGUUGAAGCUAGGUGGGAAUAAAUGGCAAACCAAAAAAACUCAAAUUUAGGCUUAGAAAGUUACGUUUGUCUUGCUUAAGCUAAGUGAAAAGAAAUCUGAGUGAUUAAAGUAAGAAAAGUGUCUAAAUAUAUAUAUUUUUUUAUCUACUUUUGGAUCAGCAUUGUUUUGAAACGCAAAUGUCACCAAAAACUUGCAGAAACCCUGGACAAAUAACAUGAUAGUUUGCUCCAUCUUGGCUCCUGGUGGUCAGAAAAGGGGCGGGCCUCAUGUUUUUAUUUUGUUUUAUUUUAAUUUUUUUUCCUUCUCUAAUCUUGAAUAAGGACUGUGUAAAAAUGCUGGAGAUGCCUUUUUUUCACUUUCCCAAAAAUGCAAAUGUGAUGACAAAUUAUGUACUGGUGUCGGAGUAAGCAUAAAACAUAUUCAAUAGUUCUCAUGUACAUAGGUUUUCGUGGUGCUACAUAUGCUAUAACGAGGCAGAUCAGAAAACGUGGCGGUGGAGUUUAGUGGUGGAAAGGCUGCACACUGCCAUUGCUGUGGCUCAAAGUGAAUGGAAAGUCCUGCUUGCCUGAUUUUCUUUAUUUAGACUGGAAACCAAAAGGAGGGAUGUUUUUUUUUUGUUUGUUUUGUUUUUUGUUUUAAAGAGCAGAAAGUCUGAGAUCCAAGAGGUUAAUUCCCACUGCCUGCUCCUUCAGUGUAACAAAUUGAUCUCUGAAGGUCCCUCCCUCACCCUGUCAGCACAUAUGAUUUCAUCUGUUUGUGUUUGCUCUAAAUGCCUGUAAGUUUACAGUCGAAAAAAAAAAAGAAAGAGCGCUUUGCCAAUUGAUUGGAAAUGGAGACUUUACAGAAGGAAAACGGAUGUAUAGGCAGCUUAAUAAAUCCGAGAGAGACAGACAGCCCGCCUGCGUCUACAUGUACUGUUAUGCUGCAAUAGCAUUAACUGAAUAAGAGCUUUCCUAUUUUUCUAUGAUGAGGUGAAUGUUGCUACGUGUUUGUAUUUUUCCAGAGUUCUCCGUUCGCCGCUCACAUUAUCCCUGUUAUGAAAUGCAAUACUUACAGUAUGAACUUAAUGUAGCAUAUCCUGCAGUGAUUAGACACACUGCUACUCUGUGUCAAGUGUGAUGAUGUAUUGCUAUACCUAUCCACUUUUGUUACAGUAUUAAAUAUAAAUACGUACAUAAAUAUUCAUAGUGACAUUUAUUUUGAGACAAUCUUGAUGAAAAAGAGAUAGCUCGGAGGUGUACAUGUUUCUUUAAUUUACUGAUGAUGAACGGUUUCAGAAAACUUCUGUCUCUUCUUUUUAUUGUUUUUACAAUUUCUAUUUCUUUUCUUUUUUUCUAGGAGCAAAACAUUUACCAUUUAGUGCUUUCCGAAUAUAUAGAAACAAAAACAAAUGUGAAAUAUUUUUGAACUUAUGCCCAAAGAAGAUUAAUUUAAACAUGUUACUUGAGGCGCAUGGAUGAAAAUAUGUCGUGUUUAGGAGCGUUCCCUGACCUUAUUUGUCACUCCUGAAAAAACAAAACCAAACAAACAAAAGAAAAACAGAAAAAAAAUAUAUAUAUAUAUGAAAUAUUUAGUGUUUCCUUUACUGCUCCAGCUCGCUGACUCUUUCUGUGCAAACAUUAGCCUCUGAUCCUAUUUAAUGUUAUGAAAAGUUUACAUUAUAAUGUUUUUCCUCUUGAUUGUAAAAUGCCGCGGGAGCUUAAACAAUGCCGCGGGAGCUUAAACUUUUGCUGAUGGUUACACUACCAUUUGAAAUAUGUGAAGAAAACGUAAAUAAAAAUCAUAUUAUAAAGUG